UUAGCAAUGUUGUUUUGUGAAGAAUUUCACAGGGAUCUCUUGACUAGAGGUCUGCCAAACAAAGAGACAGCUAGGCUCUGUCUGCAAUGGAGGGAUUCACUGCAAGAGAAGCAAAGAGCUGCCCAUAACAAAAUAUUUUUCUCUUUAACAAUUGUCAUUGGGUGAAAAAGAGGAGGUUUUGUAUUUGGGCAAGAAAUACAACAAGAGAAGAGAAUUCUGAACAAUGGAGGACUGCUUUAGGAUUAAACAAGGUCUGUAUAUUUUGCUGCUCCUUUCUAUAUCUGGAAUAUUGUGUGUUUCGAUUCAUUAUUCUGUGCCUGAAGAGAAAAAAAUUGGGUCUAUAGUAGCUAAUGUGCUGACAGAUCUGAAGCUGGGAAUUAAGGAGCUUUCUGCUCGCAGAGCCCAGCUAGUGUCCAAAAGCUCUAAGCAGUUUUUCCACCUUGAUACCAACUCUGGGAAUCUACUCAUAAAAGAGAAAAUAGACAGAGAAGUUCUCUGUGGCCAGACUGAACUUUGUUUAUUAGAGUGCGAAAUUGUGCUCCAAAACCCCCUGAAGAUCUACAGUAUUGAAAUGAAGAUAGAAGAUGUAAAUGACAAUACUCCUAAAUUCUCUAAAAAGGAUUUCCAGUUAGAAAUUCCUGAGAACGUCCUCCCAAGUGCAAGAUUCCCCUUGGAGUGUGCCCAGGAUGAGGACCUGGGAGAAAAUAGUAUCCAAAAUUACACCCUCAGCCCCAAUGAGCAUUUCCGUUUGGAUGUGGAAAGCAAUACUGAUGGAAGCGAACAUGUGGAUCUCAUCCUGGAGAAAUCACUAGAUAGAGAGAAAGAGCCACACUUUGUGCUGACACUCACAGCCAUGGAUGGAGGGGUACCACAGAGAACAGGAACAGUACAAAUAAAUAUAAAUAUUUUAGAUAUCAAUGAUAACUCACCCCAGUUUACUAAAUCUGAAUACAAAGUUAAGUUAAAGGAAAACUGUCCUCAGGGUACUUUGGUUUCUAGAGUAGAAGCCAGAGAUGUGGAUUUUGGAUCGAAUGCUCGGAUCACCUAUUCUUUCCAUAGAAUGCCUGAAAAAAUACACAAACUGUUUAAUUUGAAUGAAGUGAGCGGGGAAAUAAUUGUUUUGGGAGAAAUAGAUUAUGAAAAAGAAAACAGUUAUGUCAUGAACAUCAAGGCAACAGAUGGAGGAGGUCUUUCUGGUCACUGCAAAGUCUUUGUAGAAGUUGAGGACAUAAAUGACAAUGCCCCCGAAGUCUCAGUCAUAUCAAUCAAUAGCCCUUUGCCAGAGAAUUCUCCCUUGGAGACACUUGUUGUCCUCUUCAGUGUCAAAGAUCAAGAUUCCGGAGAAAAUGGCAAAACUAUCUGCUCUACUGAGAUGAAUCUGCCCUUUGUAUUAAAAACUACUGUGAAUAACUACUACCAGCUUGUCAUACAGAGUUCCCUGGACAGAGAGAAAAUUUCAGAAUACAAUGUUACCAUCACAGCAAUGGAUCGAGGGUCUCCUAGGCUUACCUCAACAAGAAUUAUUCACAUACAGAUCUCAGAUAUCAAUGACAAUCCUCCACAAUUUGAGAAGUCUUUAUUUGAGAUGGAGGUACAAGAAAAUAAUAUUCCAGGACUAUUAAUUGGCUCAGUCCAGGCUGCUGAUCUGGAUACAGAGCAGAAUGCAAAACUAUCCUACUCUCUUUUACCUGGGAACAUUGGUGGUGGCCCUGUGGCCUCUUACAUCUCUAUCAACUCUGAAACAGGAAAUAUGUAUGCUCUUCGAUCUCUGGACUAUGAGAAAAUUAAAGAUUUCAAAGCCACAGUUAGAGCAACUGACAGUGGCACUCCCCCUCUGAGCUCAGAUGUUAUUGUUCAUGUCACUAUCAGAGAUGAAAAUGACAAUGCCCCCUUCUUCCUGUAUCCGCUUCAGAACAGCACAUUCCCCUGCAAUGAGCUGCUUCCCAAGAUGGCAGAGGCUGGUUACCUGAUCACUAAAGUGGUGGCUGUGGAUGGAGAUUCUGGUCAGAACUCUUGGCUGUCCUAUGAACUCCUGAAGGCCACAGACCCUGGUCUUUUCAGCAUAGGAGCCCAGAAUGGAGAAGUGAAAACCAGAAGACCACUCACUGAGAGAGACAACAACAAACAGAGGCUUGUUAUUGCAGUGAGAGACAAUGGUGCCCCUCCUCAGACCAGCACUGCAAUGCUCAAUAUUCUUCUGGUGGAUGGCUUUUCUGAUCCUUAUCUGAAGGUGGUAGAUGUCCGUCAACAGGAACAUGAAUAUGAGGGAGCGUUGACCACGUAUUUGGUGAUCUGCCUGGCAUCUGUCUCUUCUGUCUUUCUGAUUUGCAUUAUUUCCUAUAUUGUUAUCAAAAUUUGUAAGAAAGACACCCAAGGCAGUUUUAUUGCUGCUCAUCCUCACUUCCCUCCUGUGAUGCCUGAUAUUCCAGAGAAUUGUACUGAUUCUCAGAGUGGAUCACUUUCUAGGAAUUAUCAAUAUGAUGUUUGCUUAACUGGCGGGUCUCUAAGCAGCGAAUUCAGAUUUCUCCGCCCUCUCAUUCCUGUUUUUUCUGUGGUGGAUCAAAAUUUCCCUGCGAACCACAAGACUUCUUCUGGUUCCCAAGACAUUCCUGAUUGUUCAGAAGAGAAUAAACCAAAGGAACAGGUGAGAUAG